UUUGGACAAUCCGCACAAGGUUUAUCCUUAGCUAUUGUAAUUGUUAUUGUAAUUGUUUAUUUUAUAUCCUUGAUUAACUUGCGAAAUGGGGUGAGGAGGGGGAGGGAGAUGAGGUAGAUAGACUUGACUUGAAAUGACUUGAAGAGACUACAGUAGUAGUUAUAUAAAACAAAUCUUGAGUGACCUUCUUAUAAAUAGACCUAAAUAUUACUCAUUUAUAUCUAGCUAACUGGCUUAUACACAAUUAUUUCAUGAAAAACACACAGUGGUCGUGGUAGCGCCAACGACAACGAACAAUUUUGUUUUGUUGUGUUGGGUAUCACGCUUUAAAAUUCGGACGUACAAGGAACGAUAACAUAAACAAACAAAAUGGUUCCGACGGAAGCAACGUGCACAAACUCGAGCAGACGAUCAUACAAACUUGACAAGGUGUGUUUGCGAAGAUUUAAAUCAUGUCUCGUUAUUUUAUUCCAAUCUUGUCUAUCAAACUCCACUAUGCUGUACAUCCUUCUACUUGGAAUAUGCUUAGGACAGCAGCUUGUCGUGUAUAACGUGGGUCUGCUUCCAAGUGAGUUUAUAACUGUUUUAGAGGGUCGAGACAACCGAAACUUCAAAGUUCUUCUCAUCAAAGCGUUCGCACUGAUAUUUUCCGCAGCGAUAUAUAAAAGUUUAGUAGAAUUGGUCUCAGGAUAUUUGUAUUUAACAUGGAGAAAAUUGUUGACAAGUUUUCUUCAUCGAAAGUAUUUUUUUAAAUCUACAUUUUAUCGCGUAAAUGUAUUGAAAACAGAAAUAGAUAAUGUUGAUCAAAGAAUAAGUCAGGAUGUAAACCGCUUCUGUCUUCAGCUUAGCGAUAUAUCGCCAAAGAUUGUCAUAUCCCCAUUGGUCAUUAUUUACUACUCUAUUCAAUGUUUUAAUUCAACUGGUUAUGUUGGACCGUUUGUUAUUUACACAUACUUUGUAGUCGGUACAAUAAUAAACAAACUAAUCAUGUCUUCUAUUGUAAAUUUGAUAUUCAGACAGGAACAAUGUGAAGGAGAUUUCCGGUUUAAGCUUACACAAAUCAGAUCAUCUGCAGAGUCCAUUGCACUUUUGAGAGCGGGAAAAAACGAACUUCAAAAAGUUACUACCUUUUUCGAACGCUUAUUUAAGACCCAGAAAAAAAUAAUACACUCGGAACUUUUUUUGAACUUUUCUACAAAUCUUAUCGAUUAUAUCGGCUCUAUACUGAGCUAUGUUGUCAUUGGAGUCCCAAUACUUUCUGGAAAAUAUAACGAUAUGUCUGUUGUUGCGUUAAGUGCGCUUAUUAGCAAGAAUGCAUUUGUUUCUAUGUAUCUCAUUAGCUGCUUUAGUACCUUAAUCGACCUUUCGUCACAAGUUACAGAUUUGUGUGGAUAUGUACAUCGAAUAGGAGAGCUAAUAGAGGUUUUAAAAUUACAAAAAAGAUGGUUCCAGACUCGACAUAUUCAAGAAAUAAAUGACGAGUUUGAAGGUGGAAUCUUACUUAGUCUUAAAAAUAUCACUUACACCGCUCCAAAUUCUCUUCAGAUACUUGUCUCAGACUUAUCUUUAGAUAUCAAAAGAAAUAAAAAUAUUCUGAUAACAGGAAAUACAGGUUCUGGAAAAAGUUCGCUUCUUCGUAUACUUGCUGGAAUUUGGAAGCCAGAAUCUGGUAUUAUUCAACAGUCAUUUGUUUCGGAGGUCACUAAUGUUCUUUUCUUACCUCAAAAACCAUUCCUAACAAACGGGUCUUUGCUUGAUCAAGUUGUUUACCCUGUUUUAAGAAGUUCGAUACAAGAUUACGAAUUAACAAGAGAUAAUGUGGAGAAAGCUUUGGAAGCUGUAGAUUUGUUACAUUUAAUUGAAAGGGUUGGGGAUAUCGACGUCGCGCCUGAAUGGUGUUGGGCUGACAAUCUUUCUCCUGGUGAAAUACAACGAAUAUCAUUCGCUCGACUAUUUUAUCAUGAACCUGUGUUGGCAUUUCUCGAUGAAGCUACUAGUGCACUCGGAAUAAUAGAAGAAGAAUGUUUUUAUGUCUAUUGUGCGCAGUUGGAAAUUACUGUGGUAAGUGUUGCUCACAGAGAAACCUUAAGAAGAUUUCACGACUUGUGGUUAAAUAUAAAUGGUGAUGGAACAUGGGAUUACACAAAUUUGUAAAUUCCCUGUAUCGAAAAUCUACAGGUUGUAUUUUUUGUUGUUGUUGAAUAGACCCCUCGUUUUCACCAUAAUUAAGACUUCGCAAGAUUCUUGGCUGCGUUACAUUGGGGCCAAAGUUAAGACACCAAAACUUGUGGACGAGUUUAUUAUACUUUAUAAAAUCCCUUCUAUUAAGCGCUUGAAAGUAUCAAGCCAUCAGGACUUAAAUAACGAACCAUUUAUGGUAGUAUUAUUUGGAACAGUCUCAGAACAAAGUAAAAGGUCAUUCGCUCCAAGAACGAGUCUUUUUCCUGCUAGUAGUAAAUAGAAAAAAUGUGGGGAUUUUAGGCUAUAUUGUGGUAAUUUUUUUGUUAUAAAUGUUUAAGGUUUCUAUUUACGUUUUAAAGUAAGUAAACUUUCAUUGUCGCGAAAAUUAAUUUUUACGAAUUGAUCAUGUUCAAGAUAUUUAGCAAAAAGUUUUUCUCGCAAAUCUACAGGUUGAUUAUAAAUUUUAUUUAUAUACUUAAAAGAGAAAAUUCACAACAAUCUUUAACGACUUUUUACAACAUUUAUUUUUUUGUUUAGUAUAUAGUUUCAUUAUUGUUCACGUAAUUGUUUUAUCUUUAUAUGUUAAACAGAAUCUUCCAGUUACGAUAUCGAUUUUUCGUAUUCUUGUGUAAGUCUCUUUAAAAGUGACUCGAGUUCACCCCCAACUCUCGUUUGAUCUUGCGUUAUUGAUAUUCUUGGUGUUGAUUUGGUGUUAUUUUACGUUGAUAUACGCUUUUUUACAUUUGUAACAAAUUUUCAACGUUGCUUAAGUUCUUGUAUUUUACAUAACAACUGCGGUUUAA